UAUGAGUCAUCUAAAAAUCAAGCCCAAGACUUAUCUAAAGUGAACAUCUCUUCAGCAUCUAAAGUCGCACUAGAAGUUGUAACCUCUAUAACCUCUGAUCAGACUAGGUCGCAAGAUGCUGAUUUUUUGUCUCCUUUCAACUCUCCAGAAAACAAUCAUAUUCAUCUCAGGAAAACGCUUCUCUAUCUAUUAUCUGAAAAGUACCAUACAAUCAAAAAGUUGAGCAAG